AGUCUUUCAAAAUGAAGAAAAAGGGUCGGCAUCACCGCCCGGCGGUGCUGAAGAGAGAUUCUUCUCCAAUCAAGCCUUCCCCCAACCGGGAGACGCUGACAUAUGCAGAGGCUCAGCGAAUAGUGGAGCUGGAGGUGGACGGCCGUGUGCACCGGCUCAGCAUCUACGACAAGCUGGACGUCAUCAGUGAUGACGACCCCACGGCUCAGGAGAUCAUGGAGUGCAACAGCAACAAGGAGAACAACGAGAAGCCCCAGCAGGUCCUGGUGCGCUCUGUGCGCCUCAAAAACAACCAGCAGAAGAAGAAUGCAGCGCUCACUGCCGCACAUGGUGGCAUAGGCACACACGGCAAUGCCAGUGGCCUGUUGGAGCCAAAGGUCAGAACGGUUGAAUACAAUCUGCCGGUGGUGCCAAAGAGGCCUGCGGCUUAUUACAAAUAUAUGGAGAGGACAGAAGAGGAGCUGGACGAGGAGGUGGAGUACGACAUGGACGAGGAGGACUAUGCCUGGCUGGAGCUAAUCAACGAGAAGAGGAAGAGCGAGGGCGUCAGCCAGGUGUCACACAAUCUGUUUGAGUUUCUCAUGGACCGCUUUGAGAAGGAGUCGUAUAUGGCCACGCAGGGUCAGAGUGACCUGCAGUCACUGGUGGAUGAGGACGCUGUCUGCUGCAUCUGCAUGGACGGAGAUGGAGCUGACAGUAAUGUUAUCCUCUUCUGUGACUCGUGCAACAUCGCCGUGCACCAGGAGUGCUACGGCGUGCCGUACAUCCCAGAGGGCCAGUGGCUGUGCAGGCACUGCCUGCAGUGCCCGUCGCGACCAGCUGAGUGUGUCUUCUGUCCAAACCGAGGCGGAGCCCUGAAGAGGACCGAUGAUGACCGCUGGGGUCAUGUAGCAUGUGCUCUGUGGGUUCCAGAGGUCGGCUUCUCUGACACAGUUUUCAUAGAGCCCAUUGACGGUGUCCGUAAUAUCCCGCCGGCACGCUGGAAGCUCACCUGCUACCUUUGUAAGGAGAAAGGGGCAGGUGCUUGCAUCCAGUGUGACAAGAUCAACUGUUACACAGCCUUCCAUGUCAGCUGCGCCCAGAAGGCUGGCCUUUACAUGAAGAUGGAGCCUGUCAAAGAGGUAACGUCGUCAGGUGCCUCAACCUUCUCUGUGAAGAAGACCUCAUACUGCUGCAGCCACACGCCUGAAGGCUGCGACCGCCGACCGCUCAACAUCUACGGCGAGCCACAUCCGAAAAACGGAGCCUGCCACAAGAGGGCUGACAAGAGGGGGAGAUCCCGGGCCAAGAGCUGGCAGAAGAAGAAGAGUAGGAGAGUGGAGCCUGAACCAGAACCAGAACCUGAGACACCUGCAAAUGCUGGCCCCAGUAUUACUGUUUCAAGCUUUGACACCAUUCUAAACCAGGUGGCGGUUCAGAGGAAGCGUCUCUUCGUCGAGCGGGUGUUUAGUUACUGGGUGCAGAAGAGGCAGUCAAGGAACAACGUGCCACUGAUCCGCCGGCUACAGGCCACCCCUCAGCCGCCCAAAACCAAGCAGAUGGAGCGCAUGGAGACGAACCAGGCACUGAAAGAGCAGCUGAAGGAGUGGCACCGCCUCCGCCACGACCUGGAGCGAGCUCGCCUGCUGCUGGAGCUCAUCAGGAAGAGAGAGAAGCUGAAGAGGGAGGAGAUGAAGCAGCAGCAGUCGGUGCUGGAGGUCCAGCUGACUCCGUUCAACAUCCUGCUGAGAGCCGUGCUCAGUCAGCUGCAGGAGAAAGACCAGUACAGCAUCUUCGCUCAGCCUGUCAGCGCCAAAGAGGUUCCCGACUACCUGGACCACAUCAAGAACCCCAUGGACUACUCCACGAUGAGGAAACGCAUCGACUGCCACGAGUACGGGAGCUUCGACGAGUUCGAGGACGACUUCAACCUCAUGAUUGCUAACUGCUUGUCCUAUAAUUCCAAGGACACCUUUUUCUACAAGGCAGCUCAGCGGAUGCAGGACCACGGAGGAGUGGUCCUCCGCAGAGCCCGCAGAGAGGUCGACAGAAUCGGCUUUGACUUCCCCAGCGGGUUGCAUCUGCCUGAAGCCCCAAAGCUGGAGCCUCUACCCCCGUUCUCCUGGGAGGAUGUGGACCGUAUUCUGAGCCCCGCGUACCGUCAGCGGACCCCUCUGGAGGAUCAGCUGAAGGAGCUGCUGGAGAAGCUGGACCUGAGCACGGCCAUGAAGCACAGCCCGUCCCGCAGCAAGAGGCUCAAGCUGCUUAAGAAGACCAUCAUGGAGGUCCGCAGCGAGAUGAGUCUGAAGAAGUCCCGCCCGAAACCAGCGCCUCAGGAGACCAACUCAACCCCCCCGGAGUCAGAGGAGAAACCACUACCAGAGCUCCCCGCGGAAACUCCCACGCCACAGGAGGAGCCUUUACCUUCACCGACCUUUGAACUGUUAACCUCCCUGUCAGCGCUCGACACUUCGCCCAGCAACUCAGAGCCACCUCUGACAUCCCUCAAACCCAGCGUUGACCACGUUCCCAUGGAGCUGGACGACGACAGAGACACUUCUACCUCAGUGCUACCUUCGGAAACCCUGAAUGGGCACAUCCUAGAACCAGCGCUCCUCAACGGCGACCUUCACACCGAAGCCUCUGGUGACUGCAACCGACGGACCAACAGCCUGUUUCGCAGAUCCAAGAGCACCAGCCCCCAGAAACCACCCAAGACCCAGGAGGCUACCGCUGCACCGGCGUCCCCCCUGGGUGCCAAAACCUUCCUGUCUGUGGUGAUCCCUCGGCUGGAGACGCUCCUCCUGCCCAAGAAGAGGAAACAUAGUUCCAGUGUCGACGGCGAGGAGGAAGAAGAGGAGUCGCCGAUUAAACGCCUCGGCACAGGUAUAGCUAACGGUUUUGUGGUAGAGGAGGAGGAGGAAAUCUCACCGUCCCCUCGUCUGCUGGAGCCUCGCCGGCGAUGUGCCUCUGAGUCGAGCAUUUCCUCCGGUGCAAGCGUCCCCUCCAGCACCAGCACCGUCACUGUGUCUAAAAGUGGUAAAGGGCGGCCGGCCGCAGCUAGACGGAGUACUGUGGACGACAAAAGCACUCUGAUGACCUGCAUCGAGAACGGCGAGUUUACCGCUUCUGCCGAGAUCUCUACAGAGGUGUGGAAACCCUCCGCUGCUUCUCCAUUUGUUCUGGAGCCUCUUAAACUAGUUUGGGCUAAAUGUAGUGGAUAUCCCUCCUACCCCGCCCUGAUCAUGGAUCCCAGAGCACGGAGGAGGACGCGUCUGCACCCCAACGGGGUGGAGCUUCCCCGGCCGCCGCAGGACGUCCUCAGAGCCGGAGAGCGGAUGCAGUUCAGGUCCGCAGAGAAACUCUUCCUCGUCCACUUCUUCGACAGCAGGCGCAGCUGGCAAUGGCUUCCUAGAUCCAAGAUGGCUCCCUUCGGGAUCAACCAGACGCUGGACAGAAUGAAGCUGAAGGAGGCUCGCUGCUCCUCCAUCCGAAAAGCUGUGCGGCUCGCCUUCGAACGAGCCAUGGACCACCUGAACCGUGUUAGCAGUGAGCACGAGCUGAGCGGCGCCCUCGCAGUCACGGACUGAACUCUCCCUCCUACUCCUCCUACUCCUCCCAUCAUCCAUCUCUCCUUCUUGUCCUUUCAGCCUUUUGUUUUGUUCACAGCCGAGACGCU